AUGUCAACUCCCGAUUCCAGUUCCAGGAUAAGAUAUCAUAAGCGUACCCCUACCGGCUUAACGAAGAGUGAACAAGCAAGUUGGGAUCCAAAAAUUUUAUCUUUAUGGGAAAAGUGUGCUGUCGAUGAAAACAGUGACAAAGAAAACUUUCAAAAAACUUUCGUUCGUCACGUGACCACAACGCUAGCCAGAUCCGCCUAUAAUAUCGAUAACUUUAGUGCAUAUCAAGCUACCGCUCACACUGUUCGUGAUCGAUUAAUCAAACGAUGGAAUGAUACCCAGCAGAAUCACACCGAAGCUGACCCAAAGCGCGUUUAUUAUCUGUCUUUGGAAUUCUUAUUGGGUAGAUCACUGGAUAAUGCCCUUCUCAAUUUGGGGUUAAAGGAAAAUUUUGGAGAGGGUGUCAAGGAUUUGGGCUUCAGAAUGGAGGAUGUACUUGAUGAAGAAGUUGAUGCUGCUCUUGGUAACGGAGGUCUCGGUCGUCUUGCCGCUUGUUAUAUGGAUUCUUUAGCUACAUUAGAUUAUCCAGCUUGGGGAUACGGCCUUAGAUAUACUUAUGGUAUCUUCCAACAAAGAUUAAAGGAUGGUUAUCAAGUAGAGUUCCCUGAUUAUUGGCUAAAUUUCGAUAAUCCUUGGGAGCUAGCACGCCUUGAUGUCGUUGUUGAUAUUCAAUUCGGCGGAUCAGUCAAUGAAUAUACUGAUGAAAAGGGUCGAACCCGAUAUCUUUGGGAAAGCAAUGAUGUAGUAAAAGCUGUUGCUUAUGACGUUCCUAUUCCUGGAUACGGUACCAAAAACUGCAUUAAUAUCCGCUUAUGGAAUAGUAAACCAAAACGUCAGUUUGAUCUUGGCCGAUUUAACGAAGGUCAAUAUGAACAGGCUGUUCAAGAACAAAUGCAAGCAGAAAAUAUCACUGCUGUUUUAUACCCAAAUGAUAAUCAUAUGGUUGGUAAAGAAUUGCGUCUUAGGCAACAAUACUUUUGGGUCGCUGCUAGUCUACACGAUAUUGUUCGUCGAUUCAAAAAAUCUGAAAAACCAUGGAGUAAAUUUCCCGAUCAGGUUGCUAUCCAAUUGAAUGAUACACAUCCAACUCUUGCUAUUGUCGAAUUACAAAGGAUUUUAGUUGAUCUCGAGGGUGUUAGCUGGGAUGACGCUUGGGAUAUCGUUACCCGUACGUUUGCGUUCACAAAUCACACUAUCCUUCCCGAAGCCAUGGAAAAAUGGCCUGUACCAAUGGUCUCUUAUUUAUUACCAAGACAUAUGCAAAUUAUUUUCGAUAUCAAUCUGAUUUUCAAAGAUUUCGCUAAAUUUUUUGGCUCUGAAAAGUUUAUUAAUGUAACCAACGGCAUUACUCCUCGAAGAUGGUUGCAUCAAGCCAACCCAAAACUUGGUGAUUUGAUUACAGAAGUCCUCGGCAGCAAGGAUUGGCUAAAAGAUUUAAGUUUGUUGAAAAAGCUUGAACCGUUUGCUGAUGACAAAGAAUUCAAAAAACGAUGGGUUGCCGUUAAACGUUCUAACAAGGUUCGAUUAGCCGAAUACAUCAAGGCGCAUACCGGAAUUAUAAUUGAUCCUAAUGCCUUAUUUGAUAUUCAAGUGAAGAGAAUUCAUGAAUACAAAAGACAAUUUAUGAAUAUCUUAAGUGUUAUUCAUCGGUAUAAUUUAUUGAAGAAAAUGUCUUCAAAAGAAAGAUCAGAAGUUGUUAGACGCGCUGUCAUAUUUGGUGGAAAAGCAGCACCAGGUUAUUAUAUUGCAAAGUUGGUCAUAAAACUGAUAAAUAGCGUUGCGGAUGUCGUUAACAAGGAUGAGUCUAUCGAAGAUGCUUUAAAGGUUGUUUUUAUUCCUGAUUAUAAUGUAUCUGUUGCUGAAAUUAUAAUUCCAGCAUCAGACAUUUCACAACAUAUUUCAACAGCUGGUACUGAAGCUUCUGGUACUAGUAAUAUGAAAUUCGUCUUAAAUGGCGGCUUAAUUCUCGGAACUGUUGAUGGUGCAAAUAUUGAAAUUCAUGAAGAAAUCGGUGAUGAUAAUAUCUUCAUGUUCGGAAAUUUGGCAGAUCAAGUCGAAGAUUUGAGGCACGCUCAUAGAUAUCGCGAUGUACCAAUUGAUCCCGCACUACAAGAAGUUAUUAAUGAUAUCGAAGCUGGUCAUUAUGGCGAUCCACACAUAUUUUCUCCUCUAAUUCACACUAUAACUAUCGGCAAAGAUUACUACUUACUCUCAGAUGAUUUCGGUUCGUAUCUUAGUGCACAAAACUUAGUUGAUGAAGCAUAUAAAGAUCAAGAAGAUUGGGAAUUGAUAAAAGCUCUUCCAAAAAACACCGCAUUAACUUUUUUGGACCCCAAUAAUAAUAACUUGGGUGGUGAAGGUAUGACCUUUUAG